AUGUGCAUUGCGUUUAUCAAGGUAGCCAAAAGUCUAGAUGAGAGGUACAAGUUGAUUGUUUUGAAUAAUCGCGAUGAAUCGUUGGAUCGACCAACCGCGAAAAUGCAGUGGAACGAUAACAUUCUUUGCGGAACAGAUGAGCAGGAUCCAGCACGAGGAACAUGGUUAGGAAUUGAUAAGUAUGGAACUGUAGGAAUUCUUCUAUCAGUAACUCAACCUGCUCACACAAAACAUUUGAAAGCUCCAAGUCGAGGUUCAAUAAUAAAAGAGUUUUUACAAAGCAAAGAUAGAGAUCAGUUUUUUGUGAAUCUUCAGAAUCGAGCGCAUCAAUUCAAUGGAUUCCAGUUUGUUUCAGUUCAAAAAUCUCAAGAUGGUCUAUAUCAAGUCGAAAGUUUAACAAACCAUUUAGUUGAGAAGGUGGAACCCAUUCAAUGGAGUUCCGAAUCCGCAACUCGUGUGUUCUCAAACAGCCCCCCAGAUAUACCUCUUCUAAAAACCAUAUAUGGACAGAAAAUAUUUGAUCACGCAAUGCAGAAUUCGGAUAAUAUGACAAAUGAAGAAAUCUUUAGUUCCCUCAUUAAAAUAGCAACAGAUCGAGAAAGCACAUUUCCUGAUAGGCAACUUGAAAAACAAACGGGAUUUGGAGAUGAUUAUAAUAAACCACUUUGCUCUAUCUUUGUUAGAUUUCCAAACGGAUUCAGAUACGGCACAAGAUCUCAUACAAUAAUCACCGUCGAUCAGAAUGACAACGUGACGGUCCUCGAGAGACGUCUGAUUCCUUCUGAUAACAUUGAAGAAUCUACUUGGGAAGAUGAGAAUUUUUCUUUUAAGUUAGAAGCGUAA